AUGUUUGGCCAUGCCAGGGCAUCUCUCACUAUGCCUGGAGACGUGCCAGAGGGCGAAGCCUGGAGAUUUGGUACCUUUAAGGAUCCAAAUAUCACCCAGGAGGUGAAAUUUUCGGGUGAACGGCGGCGUUGCAAACACUGCCUCAUCUACAAGCCUGAUAGGUGUCACCAUUGCAGGAUUUGCAAGUCUUGUAUCUUGAAAAUGGACCAUCAUUGCCCUUGGAUCAUGAACUGCAUUGGCUUCAGGAAUCAUAAAUACUUCUUUUUGCUGAUCAUUUACUCCAUGCUCUGUUGUGCCUUCAUCGGAGUCACAGUCAUAGGGACCAUCCUCGAGUCCCUGGAGCAGGAGAUGCCUGUUUGCCAACGUUUCUUGCUCUUGUUGUGCUUCAGCACCUCUUCGAUCAUGGGUGGCCUCUUAGUAGUGUUUGCUGCCUUCCACGUGAUGCUCAUGCUGCGGGGUUUGACGACCAUCGAGUUUUGCGAGAAGCUGUCCAUUGUCACCAGUGGUAAAUCCUCCAAGUACGACAUGGGAGCCUAUCGCAACAUCACAGCUGUCUUUGGCCCCAGACCCUACCUGUGGUUCUUGCCUGUGGAUCCACCGGCUGGCGACGGGCUCAGAUUUGCCAAGCCCCGAGGGCGUAGUUUGGCCGCACCACGUUACUUGCCGCAUGAUCCAGAAUGGACUUGACUCUCAAACAAAG